GAAGUUGUUACAAAGAUGGCGGAUUUCCUGCCCUCCCGGACUGCAUUUGUUUGUUUUCGACCCUGUCUCCUUUCAAGUAACGAAGCCGAACAGCUUAGAAAAUCUAAAGAGAUCGACAAAUGUCUUUCCCGGGAGAAAACCUAUGUAGAAAAACUCGUGAAAAUAUUAUUACUGGGUGCUGGAGAAAGUGGCAAAUCUACGUUCCUCAAACAAAUGCGCAUCAUUCAUGGGCAGGACUUCGAUCAGCAGGCCAAAGAAGAGUUCCGGGCUACAAUCUACAGCAAUGUUAUCAAAGGUAUACGAGUGUUGGUGGACGCACGUGAAAAGCUGCACAUUCCCUGGGGAGAUCCGUCCAACCAGACGCACGGAGAGACAGUGAUGCGCUUCGACACGCGUUCGUCUAUGAUGGCCCAGGGAAUGGUGGAAACCAAGGUGUUUUUACAUUACCUCCCCUCCAUCCGUGCUCUAUGGCAAGACAGUGGAAUUCAGAAUGCUUAUGACAGACGGCGAGAAUUCCAAUUGGGUGAAUCAGUCAAAUAUUUCUUGGACAACCUGGAUAAAAUUGGGAAGCCGGACUACCUACCCACACAGCAAGACAUCCUUCUGGCACGGAGGCCAACCAAAGGCAUCCACGAGUACGACUUCGAGAUCAAGAACGUCCCGUUCAAGAUCGUGGACGUGGGAGGGCAGCGUUCGGAGCGCCGGAAAUGGUUCCAGUGUUUCGACUGCGUGACCUCGGUCCUCUUCAUCGUCUCGUCCAGCGAGUUUGACCAGGUUCUGAUGGAGGACCGCCAAACCAACAGACUCAUGGAGUCGCUCAACAUUUUCGAGACCAUCGUCAACAACCGGGUGUUCGCCAACGUCUCCAUCAUCCUCUUCCUCAACAAGACGGACCUGUUAGAGGAGAAGGUCAAGACGGUUUCCAUCAAUGACUACUUCCCCGAUUUUACCGGCGAGCCGCACGACCUAGCCGACGUUCAGAAGUUCUUGGUGGAGUGUUUCCGCGGCAAACGCCGGGAGCAGCAGCAGAAACCGCUCUAUCACCAUUUCACCACUGCCAUAAACACGGAGAACAUCCGACUGGUUUUCCGCGACGUUAAGGACACCAUUUUACACGACAACCUUAAACAGCUCAUGUUGCAAUGAGCAAUGCCAAGUGACCCUAAAUA